AAUUGAUUCGUUUUGCUAGAAAUGGCUGCGUGCUGUUGUUUUCCUGGAGAUGUUAUCGUGACCACGACAUCCGCGGGAGUUAAGCGCAUGGACAAAUUGAUUCGAGGUGACGAGAUUCUGACCCUUUCGAAAGCGGGUGGGGUUCCGAAGUACACCAAGUUUUGCACGUGGAUCCAUCGAGAAGUGGACAGAGAGACGGAAUUCGUCGUGAUUAAGACAAACACGGGAAAAAUGCUGAAAAUUACGGGGGAUCAUUUGCUCUUUUGCGGAGGACGGGUAGCAAAGAGGGCGGGAAUGGUUAGGGAAGGCGACAAAAUUUGCACAAUUUCUCCUGACGCCACCUUGGUUGAGGAAGUCGUCGUGGACGUGUCGACGGAAACGUUGACCGGUGUCUACGCCCCAUUUACGAUGAGCGGCGAUUUCAUCGCGAACGGAUUCUUGGUCGCGUGCUACUCCGACAUUGACAAUUUCGACGUUGCGCAUGCAUCCAUGCUGCCCUUAAGGAUCUUCCACAAACUGGACAAAUCCUGGAGGAAGGAGAACAAAAAUCAAGAGGGGCUUCAUAUUUACGCCAAAAAUUUGUGCAAAAUUUGGGAUAGUUUGCCACUUCGAGUUAAAACAGCGAUUCAAAUGUGAAGGAAAUAAUUAUGUACAUUUUGAAGUCAUAAUCAAAUUAAGUAUAUAUAUGUACAAACAUAUAAAUACAAAUGAAUAUUAUACUUUAUUUUAUAUUAUUUAAGUUUUUACAACGAAUGUAAUAAAAUAUUUACAAACUUUUAAGUUAAUUACUUAACUACAUAUGCCUAAAUUACUAGAAUAUGUCCCUCUGUAAGGUAAAACCGGUCCACUAAGAUUCAAUUAUUCGCACGUGUUCUUAGAAUAAGUACCUUUCGUCUUAAUUGCAGUUGGUUAAAUAUUUAUUUAGACAUGACAAUUCUUCUGGAUUUAUCCAACCGCGUAAUACAUAGAUAAAUAACCACUCUAUAAAAGCAGGCGCAUGUAAAUACUUGACUUCUCGAAUAUAUAUUUACAUACAUCAACGAAAUAGUUCGUCACAUGACGAACUAUAUAUGUACAUAUGUCUGCAAGUCUUACAUAUAUACCCAGAAAAUCUAAUCAGACAAGAAUGUCAGAAA